ACUUAAACUUCAAACGAAAGAGGCUUAAUGUUUCUCUCGCAUCAUCUUCGUAGGUAGCGAUUUCUUCGUUUUUCUUCUACAAUUUGAUUCCCAUUAAACUCUGCCUUUAUGGGUAAUUGAAAAGUUUGAUUCUUUCUUCUUUUUACGUAGAAGCGAUCUGAUACAAACCCAAGAGCUCUGAUACUUUUGGUUAAUCCCAAAGCUGCGUUUUUUUUUUUAAUCUUCGAAGUAUGAAUCAGGUAAGAAUGAGGAACGGCGAUUUAGGGUCGGAACCAUAUGGUGCUUGCUUGCUUCUGUCUCUUCCAGAAGAUGUAAUUGCUGUCAUCGCACGUUUUGUUUCUCCAAGAGACGUUUGCAAUCUAAGUUUAUGCUGCAAAAGUCUCUGUGAGGUUGUGGAUUCAGAAAGUAUCUGGCUUGUGCAAUGUGAAGUCGUAAAGGUUCUUCCUUUAUCUGAAAUUUUGCAAUGGAGAGUCGAGAUCUCUUCUUACAAGGCGCUGUGUAGGUUUCUUGUUGAUGUUGUGAAGCCUCUUGUUGGGAUUUGGGUUCACCAAAACCCUGAACUUGGGAAUGUUGUUUAUGUGAUGCCUGGUUUUUUAUCUGUUGUUGGGUGCCGGAUUAUUCCACAAGAGGUUGGUCCUUUGGGGAUUGAUGAGGCCUGUGUUAUGUGGUCACCUGUGUUUGAGAUAAUCUGUGGUUUUGAUGGCUCUGCCAAGUUUUUCCUCCAUGGAAGAGAUGAAAAACUCUGUUGCUGCCUGCACCCUGGUUUCGUUAUGGGCAUCGAGAAGAGUUGUAAUGUGCUUCUACUUGAGGUUGAGCCGAGGAAAGAGGAAAAAUUGUGCAGUCAUAUUGAGACCGUGUUGUUAGGAGAGACAGAAGUUCCAUUUCCAUUUCGCAAUCUACCCUUUAGUCAUAGAAGGAAUUUACUUCAUUUAGUGACAAGCACUGUUGGUAUACCUGUACCUGAUUUAUCAAGUGAAAGGUUAUUUCCUACGUCGAAAGAUGAUGGAGUGGUGUUGUUGGAACGCAGAACCAUGCUUCUUAAAAUGCACAAGUUUGGUGGCGAUUGGGAUCUCAUGAACCUGGAGGAUGAGUGUACAAAUAUUCCAAAUCAGGUAGACAUAGACAAAUCGUGGAAGCAUCUUGGUUUUGAUGUCGAUAUCCGCAACAUGGACUUUGGGAAUCAAAUACAGAAGGCACGAAGGAAGAGCUUUAGUGGGUAUUUCAGAAGUGGCGUAAAGCAAAUUCUCGGGAGGUCUAGUUCUUCGAAGAACACGUCUUCUUCAAGAAGUGAGACUAGACCUUGGAAUCUGCAAAGAUUUCUUAGGUCUGGUGAUUCCAUAUGUCUUAGUCUCAAAGCUUCCGAAAUUAAGCUGUCUUCUUACCAAGGUUGGCCAAACAUGGACGAAACCCGUUUUGCCCUUUAUAAGCUACCAAUUAAGAAUCCCAUCCCUAACGAAGAGUAUGCCGGCUUGUGGGGAGGAACUUUUGGCUGGCCUUCAGGACAAUGUUCAGAAGAUAAACCCGGAAAGGCUCUUUUUUUACUGAUGCUUUCUUAUGAAGAGUCUCAAGAUGGUACUGAUAGGCUCCUUAUAGGGACGAAAAUACUUGAAGGCACUCACUACGGGAUGCAUCCUAAUGGAUCUGCAAUGUUUGUUAUAAAGAUCGAUUCGCCUUCAUUUGAGCCUUUUCCUUUCGAUACAAAUGGAGAAGAUUUUGAGAAUUCUUACGCAGGAGAAGGUACUGCAAAGGGUUAUGGUUUCCGGUAUCCUGGUUACAAACCGGGUACCCUUUUUGUGACAUCUAAAGGUCUUCUCAUGUUUGUUUGGAAUGCAACUAAAGUUGUGUUGACAUUGCAAAGACUUGACCUUGGAGAGCUCUUAAGGAAAGGCAUGUGUGUACCUCCUUUACCUCCAUGUCUGAAUUUUGCUUAUUUGACAAAAUGUCAUGCCAAUGUCUUUGCACCGGAGAGAAGAAGAUCAUAGGAGAUUCCUGUAACAGAUUUGAAGCUCAUAUGUCUUCUUUGUUUCCAAUAUAAUCUCAUUAUAGAAGAUCAUUGAUAUUUGAACUCAAUAUGCUUGUAACCUGUGUCUAGUCAAAUGUACUAUAUAUAAAACUUGUAUUACUAUAUGUUAUUGUCCUCUGCCUGAUUCAAGGAAUUGAGAUCUACAUGUUA